ACACACACACACACACACAGAGAGAGCAGCCGUGUAUAGUAGAGGGGGUGCGCGCAACAACACGCAAACUGCACGAGGAACGGGCCGGGAGGGAGGAAGGAGAGCGGGUGUGGGUGGGUGGACCAGCUAGGAGCGGAAGAACAAAACGAGAGCAAGUCGCCGAGCUUGGAGCCAGUUGCCCAGCGUUGAUGAUGUGAGCGCCCGGCAGCGUCGAAACCUUCAUUCAACAUCCGUCAGACUUCGGCCUCGUACAUUGUCGACGAUCCUUCUCUCUCUCUCUCUCUACGUUUCCUUAUAUCUUUUUGAUUAUCAUCUCUUUCUUCUCUUUCACCUCCUGAUUUGUUUUUUGAAACUUGCGCGCCGCGUAUUCUUUUGUUUUUCCUACUCCUGCCGGCUCCUCUGGCCGCUCCUGUUGGUUUCUCUCUCCACUUUGUGAUCGCUCGGGAGCGAGCGGGAAAGUUGCCAACAAAAACGGAACAACUUUUUUGGGGGGGACGAGAAAGAGAAUUGACGACGUCCUCGACACAACGACACGACACGACAGUCGUCCGGCUCAUUUGCGUCCGACUUGGCCGUCUCCGCCUUGAUUUCGUCGUCGUGAAAUGUGCCGUUAGACAUUGUUUCUCCCCACCAGCGUCAUACCAACGCAUCUCCCCUGUGCUCUCCCCUGUGUGUGCUCAUCUUCGCAGACUCUCACUCUCUCUCGUGACUCUUUUCCCGCUCCUGUGAAGUGCGGGCGACUGUGGUAUAGUCCAGCCGAGGGAAGACAAUUGCCGACGGCCGGAUUCGUCACGCCCGAUUCAACGCCCAGUGAGAAUGGAGGCCUCGGCCCAGGACGAGUACGUCAGCGACUUUGACCUGGAACAUUUAGAGGAAGUGGUCAAGCGGGAAAUGCUGGAACAGAGACGCAACGCCGAAGCCGCUUACGCCCUCCACUACCAAAACCUGCAGCCGCCGGUCCAGCAGCCUCAAUCCCAACCGCCUCAACAACAACAACAACAACAACCGUCGCCAACGGUAGCCCAGCAAGUGCCGCAGCAAGUGCACGUCGUCUCGCACCACUCGGCGGCGGCGGUGGCCGCCAUCCAACAACCCGCCGUCCCACUCAAACAUCAACUCCAGGCACCGGCUACCCCACCCGACACACCACCCGGCCAACCUUGCAGCAUUAUGUCACCGGCAUCUCCUUUUCAACACCAACAGCAGCAGCAACAGCAACAACAACAACAACACGGGCAUCACUCUCAACAUUCACACGCCCAGCAACAACAACAGCAGAUCCAACAGCAACAACAAGGACAGGCCUCGGCUUCCGUCUCCACCGCUCCCGUGCUCCCCAUCGGCCCCGGCAGUUUGGAAGUCAUCCAGCACAAAGCAGGAAUGAGUGGAGGGUCAGACGAAUUCUUGUGGGUGACGGCCUCAAUGCGCUACGGUAACGCCGUGCCGCCGUUGCAGAUCCAUCAGGAGCCGCUGGAUUUGCGGCCGCAGGGAUCCGAGUCACCGCUGGACGAUCCUCACGCCGCCUGGGUCCAUCACGCCAGCUUGCAGCAUCAGCAGCAGCAACAGCACCAGCACCAGAUCCAGCAGCAACAGCACCAACAGCAGCCGCCGACUCAACAUCUUCUGGGACGUCGAGACUCUUACUCGGAAGGUUCCAUCGCUCAUCUCCACCUGCCCGGCUGCCAUCCUAGCCAGCAUCACCAUCACCAGGUGCCGCGUGGGUGUGGCUCCAACUCUUCUAGCGACAGUUCGACGUCCGACUCGGAGAUGGGCGGUCCGAGCAGCAACGGCGGCAUGGUGGUCGGCCUGGGUCCAAAUUCGGGCGGCCAUCACCAUCACCACCACCAUCACCAUCACGGCGGUUCAGGGGGCAACGACCUGCUGGACGACGACGCGCUCAUCUCCCUCUCGGUCCGCGAACUCAACAAGAAGCUCAACGGCUUCCCCCGCGAGGAGGUGGUGCGGCUCAAGCAGAAGAGGCGGACGCUGAAGAACCGCGGCUACGCCCAAAACUGCCGCUCCAAGCGAAUGCAACAGCGUCACGAGCUCGAAAGCGCCAACACCGCCCUCAAGGCCGAAAUCCAACGAAUGCGACUGGAACUGGGCCGAGUGGCGCAGGAGCGCGACAGCUACAAACAGAAAUGCGACGCCAUCCAUCGCGUCAACCAGCAGCACGGCAAUCACCAGCAACAUCAACCGCAACAGCAGCAACAGCAGCAGCAACAGCAGUCGAAGAGCAACCGAACGGCCGGCUCCCAAAUCAACGACGGUCCAACCAGUUACUACCUGUGAAGUCAACCAAGAAUAAUUGAAAAUAGAAAAGAAAAAGAAAUUAAAAAAAGAAAAAUAAUUGAGUCGCCGUUUACAUAACGAAUCUGUUGGGUUUAUUUUCUCUCAUCUUUUGUCUCUCUCUUAACUAUAUUCAUAUAUACAUAAUUGAUAAGCGUGCCUGUACAUAUUGCAUUGUAAACUACAUAUAUUAAUUAAUGAUAGUGAUGUGUUCGUAUAUUACCGCUCUACUAUUUUUGCAUAUACAUGUUAUAGUACUACUCUCUCCCAAUAGAAACAUCCGGUGCCCCUCCCUAUCACCCCCCGUCUUGAUUCUACCUCUUUCAUCUGUUAUAUCUCAUGGUUGGGUUUCUAAAUGAUCAUCAAUUGCUUUUAAAAAUUCUUAUAUCUAUUAUUAUUCGUGUAUUAUAGAUUUUUUUAGCCGGCCCACAUACUCUCAUUGAUACUACCUACUGUUUCCUCUCUCUAUCUCUCUCUUUAGACAUCGGCGUCAUUCUCAGUUUUCCCCUCUUGAUGGCAAUAUAAUCAUGGCGUUUAAUUGUCACGGUUCGAUCUGAUUGGGGAAAAUAAGGGGGAAACCAAAACUAUACGACGGCUGACGACGUAAUGUUGCCUACACGACCAGGUGUAAGUCGAUAUCUCAUCACCUAUUUGAGGUCUAUAUGUUUCUUUAUACUCUCCCCUCCCAAAUAAAAGUCAUUGCCUAUUUUUCUACAUGUCUAUAAUAGGUUCUUGUGUGUAUGCCUCCACGAUUGAACCGAUUUGAGAGAGCGAUGAAGCCAAAAUCCUAUACCAGUUUCUCUUUUAUCUUCUUAUCCUUUUCGGCGGUUGUUGUAAUCCCUUUAUAUUUUUGAUUCGGCUUGACUUGUACCAUAUAUACACCACGACGUGAUAUACCGUGUCGAGAUGUGUGUGUGUGUGUGUGCCCAUUCUGAAUUAGACCUAUAUACCAUGUUGUACACUACUGCACCCGGUUUUCCUUCUUCUUCUUCUUCUUUUUUUUCACCAUUUUCUAUUUUCUUUCUGUUUGGGUUUGGUUAUUGGAGCUAAUCAGGUAUUCCAAGUCGGUCUUCUUCUUCUUUCGCCUGUGUGCCAGCUCAGCAGAGCUCGUUGUCGAAAAAAAAACCUUUUUUCACCCUCCUCUGGCUGCUGCUCUCUAUCCCUUUUUGGCCGGCCCUUGUGUCAGAGAAGGGAGCGAGCCAGUCAGGCGAAAAUGGCCGGGCAGAUGACGACUGGACGUGGCCGGUUGGAGAGAGCUCGUUGCGUAUUGAAAACAAGAAAAUGAAGUCAAUUGUGUUGUGUCAAUUUCUUCGUCGAGAGACCAGACGAAAAGGCCAGAAAUCACGCUCGGUUCACUUGGCCAUCGCACAACACACACAUAGAUCCUGCCGGCUCUAUAUACUAACAGCAGGAAACAGACGACGGCCUGAAUCUUAAAUUUUCCUUUUUUUCAGUCUCCCAUCUUCUUUUUGAGCAUGUGACACACGCACCUGUUAUUGCUCCCAAUCAUUUUGUUUCCUUCUGAUUUAUUCCUUCGGUUAUCUUCGUUUUUUCGUUCUUGAUUCUAUCUUCGUCUUGUCACCUAAUAUAACAUCGGAUCGACUCUGCUAUGUAAUGUCAUGACGACAUUGUUCAACCCGCGUGUGUGCAGCCCCCCUGUUUUUUGUUUGAUUGUCUUUUUCUUCUUCAUUUUCUGUGAUAGUUUGAUUCGAUUCUGUUGCGCUUCGUUUCGAUCCGCCUGUAUACUCGCCACCAACCUAUACGUUGUCAUCAUAUGGUACUGAACUUAAUUUUGAUUCGCCAUCUGUAUAUCUGAUUGAAUUUCGCAAUGCUCUUGUUGUGGCUGUCUAUCCGCUUAUUCUCCAAUCAUCCCCCCUUUGGAUUGUCGACUUUGUUAGCAAGUGAGGACUGAGCAGGAGCGAUGGACGCUCCAAAAAAAAAUUGUAUGGAAAAAAAAACGUAAUAAUUGAAUUUGUUAUUAUUAUUAUUAGCUUUCGACUCUGUUGAUUGGCGUCCUACACCAUCACCCCCCUUAUUAUCAAUCUCACUCUCACCCCCCUUGUUGUCACGACAUUCCAAGUUAUAGGCCUGCUGUGUAUACUUGUAAUAAUCGCGACGCUGUGCAAGUUCAGCCACCGUCUAGAAGACGAAAACGACACAAUCAAUCCCGUGGAAUAUGUUAUAUACAUUUGUAAUAUAAAUUAUUAUCGAAUCAGAAUUUUUCUGACACAAAAACUAAGAAAUAAGCGAAAAACAACCUACACACAAAAAAAUAAGCCUCCAUAUUACAAAUGCUUAUAGGCCUACAUAUUAUAAAUUAUAUACAUAAAAGUCUAUUAACGUGUGCAAUUUGUUUCGUCAAUUUGUUUCGAUCGGAAUUUGAUUCUCUGCUGGGAUAAAUCUGAUGUCGAGGGACGAUCGGCGCUUGUUUUGCUGGUGGCCAAAACUCACGCGCAGUUUGCAGGUCCGUCUGAAGUUGUUUGGAACAUGUCGUUGUCCUUUCAUUCAUUGAUUUCUUUUUUAAGUUUCUCAUCUUUUCUUCCUCAUUGGUCGUAAAUAGUCGACAGUAUAUAAGGAAAUCAUUCAAAGGCAUUCUCAGUUGUGUUUGAUUGUCUGUAUAUGAUGCGAUUAAAUUGUCAAACUCUUCUCCUCUCUCUCUCAUCUUUCCCCCCUUUUUUCUGCCCAUCGAUUCACACAACCGUGACGUGUAUUCCUUCCACCCCGUGCCCCCACCCCACCAUCACUCCACCCGCUGCAUCUCUCUCUGUCUACUCUCUGCUGGUGACUAUAUCUACGAUGAAUGGUGAUGCUGUGUUUAUUUUAAAUGGCGAUGAUGACAAAUACUUUGAGAUUCAAUAAAGAAAAAAAAACUGUUGACCUCCAA